AUGUUUGUGUGCGCGCGGAUAGUAGAUUAGCUUCUGGGAAGCGGACUGUUGCUUCCCCCCCCCCCCCCCUUUCAUCAUCCCUCUUCUCCCGCUCCUGCUUGCAGCCCACACUCAAUUUGCUGAAGGACUAAAAAAAAAAAGUGGCAAAAUUAACCAGAAGUGGUAAAUGUAAGAUCAGUUUCCCUUUCGACAGAGAUUACAAAGAAGAGCUGGGGAGGGGGAGGGGGAGAGCCGAUCGCAGCCCGCCCAGCCCCUGUAGAGCUCAGGAGCUUGCGGGGAGGGGUGGGGAAGGGAGCAUUGCCGCUGUCGCUGCUAGUGGCUUGAGCGAGAGCUGCUUCUUGCAACCGCGAGGAAUUGAUCUAGGCACCAACGGGGUGCUGGAUGUUAGGUUGGGUGUUCCUGCGGCUGAGAGGCGACAUGCGAAGAGCUCCUUCUGAUUGCAUUUGACUUGCAAUGCCGGCUUCUCUUUGGAAUGCAAAACCGUGCACAGGAUGAAAUCAGGUCACUCUUCCAGAAUGCCAGAGGAAAGUUCCCCAAGGAAGACUCCCCAGAAUGUCCCAUUUCAGGACCUUCCUCAUAUGGUUAAUGCUGAUGGGCAAUACCUGUUCUGCAAAUACUGGAAGCCUGCAGCCACACCGAGGGGCCUGGUGUUUGUGGCUCAUGGUGCUGGAGAACACUGCUGUCGCUAUGAUGACCUUGCGCAGAUGUUGACAGGAAUCAACCUUUUUGUGUUUGCUCAUGACCAUGUUGGCCACGGGCAGAGCGAAGGAGACCGUAUGGUCGUGUCAGACUUCCAUGUGUUUGUCAGAGACAGCUUGCAGCACAUUGACCUCAUGAAGAAGGAUCACCCCGGCCUCCCUGUGUUCCUUCUAGGGCAUUCCAUGGGAGGAGCCAUCACUAUCCUUACUGCGUGUGAAAGACCAAACGACUUUUCAGGCUUGAUAUUAAUUUCUCCUUUAGUAGUUGCAAACCCAGAGGUAGCAACGCCACUCAAGGUUUUUGCAGCUAAAGUACUUAACUUAGUCAUGCCAAAUCUGUCCUUGGGAGCUAUAGACCCAAAUGUGGUUUCCCGGAAUAAAAAAGAGGUUGAAUCUUACGCCACUGACCCCCUGGUUCAUCAUGGUGGCAUGAAAGUCUCCUUUGUCAUCCAGCUGAUGAAUGCCAUUGCCAAAAUAGAACGCUCUCUCCCUAAACUGACCCUCCCCAUCUUUGUGCUCCAUGGUAUACCUGACAAACUCUGCGAUAUAAAAGGUUCCUAUUUGCUGAUGGAUUCUGCUCCAAGUCAAGAUAAAACACUCAAGGUCUAUGAUGAGGCCUAUCAUGCUCUCCACAAAGAGCUUCCUGAGGUGACCACUUCUGUCCUUAAGGAAAUAUUAACAUGGAUUGGUCAGAAAGUCCCAGCUGCUGAAAAAGCUCCUCACUCUUAAGGAACGCCACGUUGAAACUUUCUGAAAUGGUUGCUGGUUAAUCCUGAAGAAGGAAGAUUCUUCUUUGUUUCUUUUUUAAAAAAACAACUCUGUUGGGGAAAGAAAGUUUCUCUUAAAUGGAUUCCUAAAAUAUUUUAUUUUUAAGUAGGUGUCCCUGUGGCAUAGGAUGAGGGAAUACAAGUCAGCCUUGUGAAGAGGUUAUUCUCCUGGAAGAAGAAGCAGGGGAUGGUGUUUUCCCAGCAGCUAGUGCUGCGUUGAGGGACUGGAGUCCCUUUUAAAAAUCCAGAGCACUCUCUACCCCUGUACUUCAUUUUCUAAGGAGUUCCUGAGGUGCUGAGAUAAUUUUUUUAAAAUACUGCAAUAAUCUUUGGAAUGUUUGAAAGUUUGGCAUCUUCCAUGUCUUUCAGUUCUGCUCUUAGCAGAUUAUGACUUCUCCCUUCUGUACUUUCAAGAUGGCAUAUAAACUCCAAAGAUGGUCAUUGCCAUAGAGAGCUGGAGUUAGAAAAGAAGUCAGACUGCUGGUAGAGUAUUUCCAUGUGAGGCGGCAAAACAUGCUCAGGCCUGGCCAAAUGUACCCCCACCCCCUACACACACACACAAUGGGCUGGGAACACGCAAGCGCCCAACAGGCCACAGCCCCGCUUUACACUCUGAAAUGACAUGGUUUAGAGCCAUCUUCACAAUCAGCCCGAGUCCACAGAGGAGAGGACUAAUUGUAGAAUAGGAUAUUUAAAAAGCCUAAGCACACUAAAGACAAUGCUGCUUCCAGAAACCAAAUCUUUCUUCUGUGCAAGAAACUAUUGUGUAAAUACUUGUAGGGGCUGCUAUUUCUCGUUACUAGUGUUACUGAUAACUUAAGAUGUAAAGUCAAAAGUUCUAUUUAAAGAGAAAGUAUUACAUAUAAUAUAUGGUGUUUUUGUAGGUUGCUCAGAGAUAUCUGGAGGAAGAAGGGUGCAAGGUGAGCAGUGAAUGUACGCGUGGCCUUCUCUGCACCUGACAACCAUUUAGAAUACUUACUCCCAAGCAGCACUAAAUUAAAUUCUGCUGCACCUGAAAGCAGCUGCCGGUUGGCAACCACGCUGCAGUCAAGGGCUGUUUUUUUCCCACCCUCUGCAGUCCAAGUGAAUGAAUACAUGGAAGACCGAAUGUCUCUUCUGACCCACAUUUUCCAACUUUUCAGUAGGAGGGACAGGGCAGAAGCAAUUUACCUCCUGGCAGCUAACCCUAUCCCCACUUCAUUUUCCCACUUCUUCUUUAAAGUGUUCCAUCCAAUUUGGAGAAAAAAUACAGGCAAGUACGAGAGAAAGAGAGAGAAGCCAAAGUGAUAGAAGAGAAUGAGGCAGUCAGCAAACACAGAAAGGGGUUUCGGGUGGCUUGGAAAAAGGGGAAGCAAGAACACUGAGGUGGUCGCAUGCAAGGCUUUGGAAGUUUCACCUGAGAAGCAAGGGAGCAUGCAGGCUAGCAGGUUAUAGUAUAUUCCUGAAGAGAAAAUGUGCAGUGCUGAAGAUUAUGGUGAGGGAAGCCAAUAGAUACACGCCUGUCAAUGUGUGUGUGCAUGUGGACAUGUGAGAGAUUUGGAUCUACAUGAGGAAUGGUGUUGCUUGGGAUAGCUUGUUCUAAUGAACUUAUGGCAAGACUGGCAUAGAAUCCCUUCAUUUCGGCAGAUUUUGAAAUAUUGGCCUUUGCUAAUAGUCACUUCCUCACUAACCUCUGUCUGCUACAUCAUACGUGAGAGAGCUGCAAAGGGCUACUUGCUAAGCAGCUACAAAACAGGGCUUCCAGUUAUCUGCCACCUUUGUGAAAGGCUGUCUCCAAAAGGACCUGUCCUCCCCUGCCCCAUUCCCCCAAGUGCCUCUUUCAUGACCCUUAAAAGAAAAUUCUGCUUAGUAUUUCUGCUCCUUACUCCCAAAUCAGUUGCAGAAUAAUUAAGAAACACAGAUAAGGCAAAUUGCAGUGCAAGUGACUGGAUGUUUGGGUGGCUUACCCUAGUAUUCCAGUUGUUCCACUGAAAACCAUAUAGCAACCCUGCUGCAAGACAAUGCUGCUGUUGUUGUUGUUUUGCUGCGUUGGAUACAGAACACUGGGACCAAAGGCCGCUUCCAAAAAGUUUGCCACAAGAAAAGCCCUUCCAUCUCUUUUGAUGAGUAACAGCAGACAUUACACUGUGUGUAACAGUAAUGAGAUACAUGAAUGUAAUCAGAUAUGAUAAUUUGUGCAGUAUUUUAUUCUUUUUUCUUAUCUAUGUAAGCCCUGACUUGGAUAAUCCAGGCCAGCUUUAUCUCAGAAGCUAAGCAGGGUUGUCCCUGGUUAGUACCUGGAUGGGAGACCACCAAGGAAUACUAAGAAGUUGCCCAUAUCGGGAGGACAACAGACAAGUGCCAACUGCAAAGGGAAACAGGGUCUGAGGGCAUCAGGCUUGCAAGAUAACCGCUUGACAUACAUUUUAUGAACCCAGAUGCACCUGAGGCAUGAACUCCCAAUUUACCCAAACCUCCUUGGCUGAUUAACUGGACACCUGUAUUGCCCACCUCUGACCACUAGACAAGUGACUGUUUCUAAUGCUGGAACACAGAGAGGCCUUGAUACUGGAACAGAAUAACAAAACCCAUCCAUGACAACACCUGCAGAAGGUGCUUUGUUUUGUUUUACUUCCAGACCAAAAGCCAGGGCUUUGCAGUUCUUAUAUGCACUAGCAAUGCUAAUAAAUGUCCUAGAGCCAACAAGGCAGAGGGCAGCUGCCUGGAACUUACCCAGUUUUUUGUGUUAAUUUCUGCCGGAAGACCAGGGUGUCAACUUGUUCACAGGGCAUCACAGCAGGACCCUGUGCCCAUUGUUCACUUUGCAGCAUCGUGUUGGGGAAGAAUAAUAACACUGUUUGUAAUGCUGGAAUUUUCAGCUGGGCCUGUGGCCUGUGAUGCAGAACCACCCAAACUGCAGCAGUUUCACUUCUCACCAGCAAAAGCCGAUUCUUUCAGGAACUGUGAAAGACAACCUUGCGCAAUAACAAACAGCCCCCGAAUCUAACUUUAAUUAGCUCUGAUCUGUUCUCUAAUAAGGGUGUGAGUGGCAGAAGCUUAACACAUCACAAGACCUCCGAAAGAGAAGCUCUGUAGGAGUUACAGUUGCCUGUGUGUAUGUGUGUGCAUUUUUUUUGAAAAAAGCAGGCUGUGGCAGACUGCAGGAAAAACACUCCUUUACAGGAUUAGUUACGGCCAUUAUACAAUGCCUAAAGCUUCAUUUGACAAGGCCCAGAUUGCAAGUUUUGUAAGUAAUUUCACAGUUACAGAGGAGAGUCUGUUCAAAGACAGGUUCUGCCAGGUGGACCAAUUCAGCCAUAGAUGUGUGGAUUAUCAAAAUGCAGACUAAGCCGUGAGAAGAGACUGGUGGGGAAGAGUAUGGAUGACAAGAGCCAUUUUAGCAACAGAAGCUCAGGUAAUGCAACACGGCUUCUCUAUUGCAAAAAUAGGUUCCAUUUCCAACUCUCGUCUUCAUGUGGUAAGGAACUAAGCAUUUACCAGAGGAGAGUGACUAGCAAGGGUCACUCUUUGCAAUGAUUUCCAGGUCCUAAAAACCAUCAGGUGUUCUGCUUGUUAAGCAACUGAUGACACUCAGAUCAGGAUAUGUGGGUCAGAUCAGGAUAUGUUUUAAAAAGCAACCAAGGUGGAAGUUGUUCCAAAGAUCUGUGCGUUAGCUAAAUUCUUCACCCCACCAAAUGAGUUUUGGAUGGAUAAAGCCUUUGGAGGGGGGGAAAGUAGCAUGUGCUGUUAAAAAAACUGCUCCUGCACGCAUCAGGGCUCAGUGCUAUGCUAUUCUCUGGUAUCCCCAUGGCCAGGCAAGGUUCUAAGUCCAGUGCCUUUGAAUAACUCUAUCCGUAGAAUGUCCGCUGUCCUUCCAGAGCUCUGCAGCAAAUGGAGAAGGAUUUGAAAUAUAUUUAUUCAACUCUCAGCAAGGUCAUGUAGAUUCAGGUCAUUUUGAUUCAGACGCCUCUUUUGGAGAAAUCUGACAAUCGAGGCAAUUUAGAGAGGUCUUGUUCAUCCAAGCACUGUCUUGUGAGUAGAAGCCAUCUCCCUUCCUUUGCAUUCAGAGACCUUUUUGCGUAUCUUUCUGGCAAGGAGGCCCUUAAAAGGAGUGAGAGGUGGCCUCCCGAUGCUGAGGACCAUUUUUGAGGAAGGGGAGUUUAAGUCACUUUUGUUUACUGAUGCUGAAAAAUAAUAAAAGCUGAUGUUGGCAGUUGGGUUUGUAAAAUUGAGUUGGCCUAAAGCUGCUGUUCAAGAAGUCUGUGCUUGUCAGUUUCCCAGCUGCUAUGCAGAAGAUUGCUGUGACUGGCAAUAGUUUUUGGCAUAAAACAGCUUUAGGAAUGGCAAGGCCUGUUAUGGGAAAGGGAAGCCAACACAGGAGCUUGACAGGCUGCUUAUGGAGACUCGUCAGGUGUGCAGUUGAGAUGAAAAUGAAGGCAGAUGGUGGUACUCAGAUGGGCUUGCCAAGUUGAGCUUUGGAGCCAGGACUCCAUUUGCAUAACGUCAACAUCAAACUCAACUGAGAACCUUGAGGCAGCCUCUUGAAUGAGUGCCAGUUGACCUCCCGCAGGCUUGCCUACUUUGUGAGUCACUAAGUUGAAUGUGCUCCUUUAGCCAACCUGCUGACUGCUUGCUCCCCAGUUUCUACCAUCCCGGGCUGGCAGUAAAAUGAAGAUGCUUAACAUACUCAUGGUAGAUCACUGCAUAGAAGUUGAGCUGCAUUCAACUUGGUGGGUCACAAGUGGCAUAACCUUCACCUUAAGGCCCAGCUGUUGGAAGGCCCAUUACAAGAAGCAUCCAACCAGCUGCAUUUUCUGAUCCAUGCAGUUUAUGGAGAGCUGAGUUCAGCAGGUACCAUCAGCUUCCAGACUGCCGUACUGGGACCAACAGGGAGUGUCCCUUUGAAAACAGUUCCUUUUUUGACAGAGCAAUAGUAGUCUGUAACUAAUGUAUAUAUCACCCCUGUAUGCACCGGCUGUGGCAUGACAACCACCCUACUCAUAACACGUGUGGCACAACGUUUUAUAAUGAGCCUGCUCUUUUUAUAUCCAUCACCUUACCGCUUUAACAGCGUAAUGUUACCAAAAUGACUUAUUUUUCCAAGUAAUUUCUGAGCCACUGUAUCUUGUCCCACUUGUGCUCCAACUCACUUAGAACUUUAGAUUGUCACACAAACACUUGUACUUACAGCAAAAAGAAUGUGUACAACCUAGGAUUCUUUUGGGGGGGAAAUACAAAUGUAUAUUGGCACUAAUAAUAAAGAUAUGUUUUCUGA